AUGGAUUCGGUUACGGCUACUCAAAGAGCAUUGGAGAUCUUGUACAAAAAUGAUGCGGUCGACACUGUCUUCUUGUUUCUAAUAUCAGGUGGUGGUUCCGCCCUAUUCUGCGCUCCCGAUGGAAUAACCCUAGAGGAAAAAUUGUCGACAAUAAAAGCACUAACUGAAAAUGGUGCCGAUAUUCGGGUUCUCAAUGCUUUUCGUCAGAAGCUCUCAACUGUGAAAGGAGGAAAAACUCUGAACUAUAUCACGAAGGGAGAGGUGAUUGCCUUGAUUAUCUCUGAUCUAGUCAGCAAUCAAAUCCAAUUCAUAGCUAGUGGUCCGACAAUCCCUCAAACGAAAACAAUGUUAGAAAUGUCGGAAGCGCUUACAACCUCACCAAAAUGGACUGCUCUUUUACCAGAGAAGAUAUUGGCUAAGCUGAAGGUCAAUCCACCUUCUCCAAAAGUGAAACCGCACAAUAUAAUUAUUGCUUCAAUCACGACUGCCCUUUCUGCCCUCCAGGAAUUCUUCACAUCCAAAGGAUAUCAUGCACACGUUGUCACCAGCACUCUCGUAGGAAAUGCAACCCAAAGAGGAAAAGAUUUUGCUGAGUUGCUUAUGACACCAAAGGAGAACUUGCACGAAGCAUUACAUAAGUUUGCUGGAGAUUUCAAUGCAAAGCUAGGAGACAAAGUUGCCCUCCUAUUUGGCGGUGAAACUACAGUUGUGAUUCACGGUAAAGGAAAAGGCGGACGAAGUCAAGAAAUGGCCCUUUCCUGCCUAACUACCCUUUCAUCAUCUCCGGCAAAACCCUUGCCAAAGUUCCUAUUCCUCGCUGCUGGCACAGACGGACAGGACGGACCCACCGACGCUGCUGGAGCUUAUAUUACGAACAGCGAUGUAAACAGCGACAUCGUUACACGCUGUACAGACUAUUUGAAAGACUCAAAUUCUUACGAGUUUUGGUCCACCUACAACAAUGGUACAAAUCACAUAAAACCUGGUCCCACUGGUACGAACGUAAUGGAUGUACAAAUUGUUCUGUUGGAGUAUGCUCAAUAA